GCGGAAAACACUGCUGCUGCUGCAUUCCUUUUGCUGCGAGGAUAUCAGUGUUUCUCAAAUGAACAAAAAAAACCGUUUAUAUUUAGGUGGCCUACGUGAACUGUAGUCAGUACAAUAUUUGAUAUUAGAAAGCAACAAUGUAUAGCAGGAAAACUCUAAUUUUGUUAGCAGUGCUUGCAGUAACUGUCUUAUCUGUAGGUGCAUUUGACAAAAGUGAUUGCGCAAAAAAUGUCGAAGACGGUCCUAUUGCGUGUCUGGCUUAUAUAAAAGUUUACAAGUGGAGCCCAGCAGACAACAAAUGCGUUUCAGCUACGUAUGGAGGAUGCCAUGCCACUAAUAAUAAUUUUCCAACAGAAAAUGAUUGUAACAAAGUGGCUAAGCCAGUUUGCAGCAGUUAGAGAUAGCUAUUGAGAAUAUUCAACUUGUAACUACAAAUAAUAGAAUCUCGUAAAUAAAAAAUACAGAAAUGAAUAUUGUUUGUUUGUUUUAGAUUUAUUCAGUAUAAUUGCUACAAUUACAUUCUUUUAAAAAACUACAACAAUUACAUAGCCC